AUGGCAUCCCUCCACCAGAAGCGUCCCAGCAUAAGUAACUGGUUCUCCUCGCUUCGUCGGCAGCCCAAAAACAAGAAAUGCUCCUCCGGCUUGGGAGGAAGUGAAAGUGUUGUCAGAAAGCAGCCGUUGCAAAGGAGCUGCCUUGACCUAUCCACGACGCCGGUGAGUUGCGAUGGUUUAAGUGUGGAGUUAUUUCAAUCGGAAUUCCCUGAAAGUCGGCGAAGCAACAGCACUUUCUAUGUCAACACCCGAAAUGUAUCGUCUGCCGCUUUUAAAGAAAAUCGUUGGCCUCUAGGUGAAAGGGGCAGCCGUAGUGAUAGUAGCCCUAGGAGCGUUUGCGUUCGAUGCUCAUGCAAUUCUAUAACGAAAAGAGGGGACAGAAAUGAAAGCCCUACUAAGGCCACGCCUAAGUCGGACAUUGUGAUCGCGCUGAAACCUCCACCCAAGCCCCGCUCCCCUUCCAUUGCUCCCUACACUAGUGUGGCCACAUAUACUAUCACGAAAUUAGCGCCGGACAGCCCACCUCCCGCCAGCCCCACAUUAAGCACCCAAACCGUAAAUUGCAGCGAUGUAACCACGAAAGUCACAGAGGUACAGCGCCUACCCUGCGAUGAACCCAACACGGAACUCUUAAGCAAGCGAACGGAGUACAAGCACACAACCAUCACAACGACAACAAGAACGUUAAUUGUGUCGCGACCCGUGGAACUGCUUUUAAAUGAAAAUGGCGAAAUAAUCGCAAGGCGAUCCCCCCGCAAAUCGCGCUCUAAUUCCCUGGGUCGCAUGCUUGACGUGGAGAAUGAAAUUGAAACUGGCGGGUUGUUUCUGGAAACGGAUCUUAGUUCGAGAAACAGUUCACCGCUUACACCCGAUAUCGGCGAAAUGCGCUUCAUUGACGACAGCUCCAACUCACAAAGUGAGUCCGAGCGGAACUCUAACAUACACAAAACCAACAAAUGUAAUUCAAAUAAUAAUAACAACGACAGCAAGCGAGAGAGCCAGCAAUCGAAUCUGUGCGAGUGUUGCCGCAUGCUUCUCGAGCGAAAUGACAUCAAUACUGAACAGAGUGACAAUCUAGUCAUCCUCAGGCGACCAUCAAAGCAAAUUAAAGAUGAGUUGUGCGAGGUUGUAUCAGAAAUGGAGGCGCUGGAUGUGCCCGAAGACUGCAAGCAUUCCAAUAAAGAUAAACAGAUGUCCAUUGGCCGUAAAAAGUUUAACAUGGACCCAAAAAAAGGCAUUGAGUAUCUCGUUGAAAACAGGCUGCUACGUCAUGAUCCCCAGGACGUUGCUCACUUUCUCUAUAAGGGAGAGGGACUGAAUAAAACAGCCAUUGGCGAUUACCUCGGCGAAAAAAACGAUUUUAAUGAAGAUGUGCUCAAGGCUUUUGUGGCGCUUCACGAUUUUACCAAUCUCAUUCUAGUACAAGCCCUCAGACAAUUUCUGUGGUCGUUUCGCCUGCCCGGCGAGGCACAAAAGAUCGAUCGCAUGAUGGAGACCUUCGCACAGCGCUACUGUCAACUAAAUCCAGAUAUAUUCACCAACACGGACACAUGCUAUGUGCUCAGCUUCGCAAUUAUAAUGCUAAAUACCUCACUACACAAUCCAUCUGUUAAAGACAAACCCACCGUUGAUCAAUUCAUAUCGAUGAAUCGUGGCAUCAACAACGGCGGAGAUUUGCCCCGUGGCCUGCUGGAAUCCCUUUACGAAUCAAUUCGAACAGAGCCAUUUAAAAUACCACAGGAUGAUGGCAAUGAUUUGAUGCACACCUUCUUCAAUCCCGACAAGGAGGGCUGGCUGUGGAAGCAAGGCGGCAGAUACAAAUCGUGGAAACGACGUUGGUUUAUUUUGAACGACAAUUGCUUAUACUAUUUUGAAUACACAACGGAUAAGGAACCACGCGGCAUUAUACCGCUGGAGAAUAUAUCGGUGCGCGAGAUUCACGAUCGCAGCAAACCGCACUGCUUUGAGCUGUUUGCGACGGGCGGUGCUGAUAUAAUCAAGGCGUGCAAGACUGACUCUGAGGGCAAAGUGGUAGAGGGCAAGCAUACGGUGUACCGCAUGUCCGCUGCCACGGAAGAAGAUCAACAGGAGUGGAUCAAGCGUUUGACGCAGUCCAUCAGCCAUAAUCCGUUUUAUGACAUCCUGGUACAAAGAAAAAAAAAGGCACUCAGCAAGAGUUAAUACUAAUAAGCAGCUCGGCGAAUCUUUUGUCUUGGAUCUCAGUGAAACUCUGCUACUCGCUUGUGUUGCUCUCUUCCCCUAUUUAUACAAGUGCAAAUGCAUAUUCCAAUUAUAUAGGUUGUGUUGUGAGAGUAUUUUCAUGUUGAACCAAUGUACCUUCCGCAUUGGCACAAUCCCAAAUAAUGUCUUUGUAUUUUGUUUGAUUGACUCGAAACAAGCCUUCACACGCCGACGCACUUUGUCUCUAUUGUUGUGAUAUAACUUAUUGAAAAUUAGCAUAACCAAAAUUAAAAUAAUUUAAAAUGUCGUAAAGUAGAAAUACACAUUUAUUCACAUUUCAUUAGUGCAAAUUUUAGUUUAGUUUCAUUAUAGACAUAAGUCUUCGAAUAUGGGUUUAAAUUUGCCUUUUACUGCCUAAGUUGUCCCUUAUCCCUCUAUUAUUAAAAACAUAUCCCAGCCGCCAAACGCUGUUCUUUAUUUAUAUGUUUAUAUAUUAGAUGCAAAUGAAAAUAGCAUAACCAUGUUGUUUGACAAUUGUUGUAAAAAAAUUGCUAACAGCGAAUAAACUUUAAAAUUUUUUAACAAAAAAUUGUUAAAUUAAUAAAUUCUGAAAUUAGUUUAGACAGCAAAUGAUGUUCUUUCGGAGAAUUUGGACUACGUGACAUAGUUUUUAUUGAACCAAAGAUCGAAUUUGAACUAUUAUUAUUAAUACCAACUUUCACCACAAUAUACACUUUUUAUAAGUUAAAAAAAUUCAUUAUAAAAUAUAUUUGAUUCAACGGUUGCUAAUUUGAAUAGAGGGAGACAGGCCAAGCGCAACAUGUUUGGCAGAGUAAAACGCAUGCAAUAACUGUUUAAAAUAAUGUAUAAAUUGCUCGUUGAUGUGUAAGCAAAAACUGUAAGUCUAAAAAUCAUCAAGCAAGAACUCUGUUGCCAGCACUGAUUUUAUAGUGGCCUAAAGAUGCUAUUAGAAAAUAGUUAUAGUAAAUUCUGUGUCGUGGCGCUGUGAUAUCAUUGAUAGGAAAGAGCUGCUGUGUUGAGACUGAAAAAACAUUGAUCGCUUCACAUUUAAUUGUUAUUACUCUUACUCCCACAUGCGUUGACUGGCACGGCUUACUGACGUCUAAUAUUAAUGGGUUUUCAAUUAUAAAUUAUUUGGAAAUCGCAGUACCAUAACUGAUUGCAAUAUUAUAAAUACUUUAGUUUGAUUUAUAUAUAUACACUGCUGUGCACUAUCCAUUUCGUAUACAGAAAUACAAAAUAACACCUUGUGUUUUAUGAAAAACAAUAUACAUAAAGUACACAAUUAUUUAAAGUGACUAUCCUAUAUGGGCAGUUAGUCCCCUUGCUAACCUCAAGUUUGAGCGUUUUUUCCAACAUAAAGAAAUAAAAAAUGUUUAGUAUCGUGAUGUUGAAUAUAAAGGACGGCGGUAAAAAUAGUGUAGAUUAGUACUUUGUAUUGCUUUAAAACUAAUGUGAACCGCUUAUAUACAUAAAAUAAUAUUAAUAUAUCAACAAAUA